AUGAUCGCUUCUCUCGCUCUCGCCGCGCUUUUGCCCCUCCUUGCCACCGCGGUCCCGUGUGUCCAAUUCGACACCCAGUGGAACUUGUACGCGUUUGGCGGGAGUCAGGAUGUCAAUCUGGGGAAGAGCUCCAGCUGGGCGCAGCCCCAAGUAACGCCCUUGACAUCGACUGGUAGACCACCAUGGACGGGCAACACCACCCAGUGCCUUCUUUCGCAGUUCAACAACGCGAUGUACGUUGUCGGCGCCGACGCCUCGGAUGCUAGCAAAAUCUACAUCUACUCUUUCGCCGGAAACUCGUGGUCCACGCAGAGCACCUCCUCCGCCCCUUCCCCCCAAACCCGAUCGGCCUCUGUCCUGGACCACGACACCAACGUCCUUUUCACCUACGCCAACGGCGGACUAUCGCAGCUGGACAUGUCAGCAGUGACAACCGCCGCGUCGGGGUCGGCUCUGGCAUGGGAGGGUGUGAGCGCGCCGAGCUGGGGGUCUGGGUACGCUUCGAGCGCGACUGCUGCUCAGGCGAGUAACCAUAUCAUGUACUUUGGCGCACCAAACACCGCGGCUGGCUCGGCGCAGAUCUUCGUCGUGCACUACGCGUACUGGCAGCCUACCGCCCAGAAUUUUGCUAGCCGAUCAGGCGGACAAGCCUUCCCUGACCUCGCCGGUCAAGCUGUCAGCUUCCCAGUCGACGGCGAAGGAGUCCCUACCCAGCUCGUCUACAUCCCCUCGGACUUCUCGGCCUCGUACGUGGUGAACCACUGGACCAACCCCUCUUCCUACGCCUCGACCGACGGCAGCCCGUACGCCUCCAACCUCAUCAACACUACUACCACCCUCCCCGCUCCUCCUACCAAGGACGCCAAUGCCGCGUACGCAGCAUCCUACCAGUCCCUCGUACAGAUCACGACCGGCGGAGAGAUCAACUAUAUUGCGAACGCAGUAGGAUCCGGGUCGGCCACUUCGGGAGCGAGCUGGACAAAGAUGAACUAUGCUCUCGCGGGUGUGUCGGGCGGAUCGAGUGCUAGUGCCAGUGCCAGCGGGAGCGCAACUGGGAGCGCAUCGAGCGGAAGUGCAAGUGCCAGUGGCACAGGAAGCAGGAGUGCGUCGGCCAGCGGAACCGCUUCGGCCUCUGGCUCCGGCGCUGCUGCUGCUUCGAGCAGUAGGGCUGCAGCUGGCAAGGUGGUGCAGGGCGGUAUGGGCCUCGUUGGGAUCGCGGGCGCGGCGGUUGUCGCUGCAGUAGCGGGUGUUGGGAUGCUGCUCUAG